AUGAUCGCCACAAAUGCCCGUUCUGUCGAAUGCUCCCAAGAAAAGAAUCUUACGUCUGCUGUCACAGAAAACCAGCCAACUCUGGACUUGGGCAUCGAUCUGUCUACAUGGAGCUUUUUGCAAGGACUUUGCGGGUUGUUCGAUUUUCCAGAUAAUCCCGACUCAUCGUUUAAAUCUGAGCCACUGUGGAACAGUCAAGACCAGCAACAAUUAGAUGCUGUACAAGUUCGGAUUGAUGAAGUUCUACGGGAACUUGAGCUCUACAUUUCUCGCACAAAGCCACAGGCCCUCAACCAAUCCUGUCCAAUCACUCCCGAGAUGCGCAAAAGUCUCACGGUUUCUACCCUUGAUUCUCUAAUCCGAGCUUACUUUGACUAUGCUACACUUCACACCCCGAUCAUAGGCCGCUCAUGUUUCAACAUUCACACCACCUCUAGCCAUCUACUUCUCGCCAUCAUAGCGACCGGUGGUCAGCUCCUACCGUCAGUGGAUAGUACAUUCUCGUCCUCGGAAUUUUUCGAGCUGGUUCAAGAUUUCAUCUUUGAUCAAGCCCCUCUACGGAACCCCCAUUCUUGUGGCUUGAGCAAAUCCCCUCUCAGCCAUGAAACGUUAGAAAUUCUGCAAGCUGCCCUUAUCAUGCUUUGUACUGAAGUUGCUACGAGAAGUAAUCCCAUUUCUCAUAGUACUUGCAUAUCGAGGUUUUUGAAACUUGUUUCUGCUAUAAGAGGCUUUUCGUUGACGAAAGUACGGAGAUAUGACUCCUUUACUGGCGAUGAGUAUGAUUUUGAUUCGAGCAUCAACAUUUCAUCCACCUGGAAACGAUUUCUUAAAGACGAAGCAAUGAUCAGAGUUGCUUGGAUGGCGUUCCUCCUAGACAUCCAAUUCGUCCUCUUCUUCCGCACACCACCAAGAUUCACGAUCACCGAAAUGACCGGUGAUUUACCAUGUCCCGAUGAACUUUUCACCAAUACACCCGAUCGAUCACAGAUGGAAAUUCCAUCUCGCUCUACGCAUGAAUGCCCCGCGUUAUCUCUAUCCUCAUUAAUCAAUUUGCUCAUGCAGCCCUCUUCGUCAGAUAGCAGCCAUUUCUCUAGUUUAAACGCACGAGGCCUUUUCGGCGGUAUCUGUGGGCUUCAUUCGAUUAUCUUUUCGGCGCAGACAACACAUUCUAUCCCGUAUAUGCGUCAGGUACUUGAAAGGGCACUGGAUCGAUGGCGAAUAUUAUGGGAUGAACUACAGAGCAGAUCUGAUGAGGCGCAGCUCGAGAUGCUGGGAUUCAUGAAACAUGCGCUGGAGUUCUGGGUUCUUGCGAAAACACUCCUACGCGCGGAUCCGUCUGUGCUUAAAAUUGAGAAUGUCGAUAUGCCCUCCAAGGGUCAUUUGUAUAAUAUUUAUAAGGAGAUUGGGAAUAUUCCGCUGGCAUAG